AUGAGGGCCCUGGUGCUCCAGUUGCUGUUGCUGCCGCUGUGCGUGCGUGGGGUCACGGGGCCUCUGGAAGAAACACCAACUUCAAUGCUGAGCGUCACGGGCGUCGCAGGGCAGACGUCGCGGCUGCCGUGCCCGCUUACACCGCGGUCCUCUGGCGACGUCCCGAAGCUGGUGCUGUGGUACAGAACGGGGGACAGCGCCCCCAUCUACAGUCAAGACGGCAGGAGCAAGCAAGAGUCCAGCCCUAAGCAGUACGGCAAGGGUUCACAGGACCAGGUUUUCUCGAAGCCUCUGAGCAGAAAAUACGACCUCCAAUUAACGCCAAGUCAUCACUCGGCAACGCUAACUCUACGGCACACAACGCCACUUUCCGCGGGCCUUUACGAGUGCAGAGUUGACUUCUACAGGUCACCGUCGCACACCAACUUUGUUAACCUCACAGUUAUAGAGCCCCCCGUGAGACUCUCGGUGCUGGAUGGGGGCGGUCUCGCCCCCCGUCAGGGCAGGCUGGGCCCCUACACUGAGAACGCCCCCGUCAGCCUCGCCUGCACGGCCGUAGGCGGAGACCCACCGCCGUCCCUGACGUGGAUAAGGGACGGUGACGUGACUCUUGACGAGAGCUACGAGGCAGGGGACGAGGGGGAGACGAAGAACACAUUGACGAUCGAGCAACUCACGCGCGACUGGCGCAACUCGACGCUCACUUGUCUGGCGUCCAACUCAGACCUCGUCGCUCCCCUCACACUCACCUUCGUCCUCGACGUCAUUCUGUUGCCCACGCGCGUGGUGAUCACGGGGCCAGUGCAGGGAGGGGCGGGUGAGGUGGUCACGCUGAGGUGCACCAGUGAGGGGUCCGAGCCCCCGGCAGCGCUGUCGUGGCUCGUGAGGGGACAGGCGCUGCAGGGACAGCGGGCUCAGUAUGGCGACGCAGUGUCGUCACUGCUGACGCUGAACCUGACGAAGGAGGACAACGGAGCCGUCAUAUCCUGCCAGGCUGUCAAUCCCGCCCUGCCCCGUCACCCUCUGCUCAACACCACCACAAUCACCGUGAUGUACGCGCCGGUGGUACGAGCGAGCCUCGGUCGCUCGCUGUCUCUGACGAGUAUCAGGGAGGGCAACGACGUGUACUUCAACUGCCACGUCGAGGGCAACCCGCCCGUCACGCACGUCGCGUGGUACCACGAGGCAGAGGAGCAGGUGCAGGAUGUGUCGUCAGGCGUGAUCCUGGCAGGACAGUCUCUGGUCCUACAGCGCGUCAACAGGAGCAGGUCUGGCGACUACAGCUGCUCUGCCCGCAACCCUGUGGGCACCACGCACAGCAGCGCCGUCACGCUCACGAUUAAAUAUUUACCGGAGUGCCAAAGUCGGACUGUGACAUACUUCAUAUACAGCGACCCUAUCAACGUGACGUGUUCGUACGCCGCCUACCCUCGCCUCACGCAAGUUUUCUGGCACUGGAACGCCACUUCUGACGUCAACAACACAAAAUCUGUCGACAGACUUCAACAAAUUUACUCAAAUCCUCUUAAAGGCAACGGGGAUGUGUCGACAGCGCAGUUGACGGUGUACCCGUCCAUGUCGCCAGAUGACAGGGAGCUCACUUGUCGCGGUGUCAACGAGUUGGGCAACCAAACAAAAUCCUGCAAGUUUUUCAUCAAAAGAGCAAAGACUCCCGCGCCGCUGUCGUCUUGCCGCCUGGCGAACAUCACAGCAUCGUCGCUAAGCCUGACGUGCGAGCACCCCGACCUACCCACCGAGACGGCCAUCGCAUACACUGCCCAGGUUUAUUUUGAGAAUGGCACUUCGUUCGUGAACCUGAGCUCUCCCGAGCCGAACUUCAACGUGAGCCACCUGGACCAGGGCACCAACUACCAGAUCAAAGUCUACGUCUCGCAGGGACCAAUCACGUCCCAACCCGUCCUGGUGUCCGCGUCUACUUCACGAGACGGUCUCAGACAGACCAUUCGCAGCCAGAAGUCAACUACUCCGCCCUCUCUGUGGUCGCUGGUAGCCAUCGCCCUAAGCACCGUCCUCACGACGGCCGUGUUGUUGUUCGUGUUGACGUUGCUGCGCAGGAGCAGGAUGGGAUUUUGUGGAAAAUCCAGCAGAUCUCCUACGGCAGGAAGGAGUCGUGCAGCAUCCUAUAGUGGGCAGGACGUGGCUGGAUCUGCUGCAGAGGACGAAGCGCUUCGUAAAGACGAGAUCCUACAAGCGGAAUAUUUUACGAACACCGAAACGUCGGCGUCACUGGAGGAGCUCAAUCCUGACGUCGUGCCGUCCAAAGGCGAAGACCCAUUCGACCUGCUGCCCUGCCAGAGUUACUACGUGAGAUGCCCCGUGGACGCGUUCAGCUUCCCUGCCCGCUCUCCAUGCAGAGCUUACCGUAGGCGUUCGCAGUCUCCGGAAGCUGAGGAAGGCCGCCCGAUGCUGGCGAGCGCAAAAGAUAGCGCUGACGAAGGACGGUCGGUCGACGAUGGACGGUCGGUGGAGGAUGGACGGUCGGCGGAGGAUGAACGGUCGGCGGAUGCAAGACGUGCGGAGGACGUGUAUGGUGGCCCGGACAACGCAAGUGUCCGCUACACCAUGGGAGUGACCAUCGGUGGUGUAGGUCAGUCCGUGACAAGUCUGUUCCGCAGUCGCAGCCGCUCCCAUAACAUCACGUCAUUCCUCUCCAAGCCUGACGAGGACCAUGAAACUAUUGUAUAAAACACGCCGUAGGAAAGCUAGCUGUACAAAGUCUCAAUGUUAUGCGAUGUUUUUACUAGAUAAAUAUGUUUUAAAUGAUGUUCCAAUGGAAACGAUGUAU